GCUUAUCUCCGCAACAUAUGGCCCAAUUAGGAUAUUCGACACUGCCACUUGGCAGCAGAUCGCUAUUCUUGAUGGUCACACUUGGGUCAACGCCAUCUCCUUGUCUCGGAACGACCGCCUCCUUGUAAGCGUAUCAACCGAUAAAACAGCGCGUCUCUGGAACCUCGACACCAACCUCCCAGUUUGUCCACUUCUCCAGCACGAAGAUGAGGUGAAAUGUGCAGCCUUUUCCGCAGAUGGACAAGUGCUAGUCACUGGCGACGAGGACAAAAAUGUGUACAGUUGGGACGUUCACGCUAUGCUCAAAGAAGCUGGCCUUGAGGACCUCCUCCUGCCUAUCCCUAAUGUCCCAUGUAGGAAGUCGUUUAUCGACGUACGCCAGCUCCGCCACACUCUCACACCCUCUUUUGCGAAUCCACGUGCGCUCCUCCGUCGCUUUUCAUCGCUCUUUCGCUGCGCUCAGUCCAAUACCGAUGGAGUAACCGAACUCCAGCAACUGCCAAGGCAGUCCAUCUUCUCUUGUUGUUCUAGUAUCGUCGAACGUUCCGCAGUACUGGACAUAAAGGUGCGUCAUCCCCUUGGCAUGCGUUACCCAUCGCCGUGUUCAACGAUUUCUUUCCCGCCGUUGGCUGUUGCUCCGCAGCUGAAACGAGAACAUUUACACACUCGACCUGCUGGUAUAAGUACUACCACACCAGGUGCAACAACUGCAGAGUCACAACUCCUCCGAUUGUUAGCUCAUCUCAUGCUUUCCCCCUACCCCUCCCCGACAAGCGACACAAACACAGCGGUAACAGCAAGGCCAAUCGCAAGGCCCAGCCCAGUCCCAGGCAUCAUCUCAGCCUGCCGCUGCCUCGACAUCCGCGACACCUCCUGCUCCUGCUGCUAGUACUGCCACACCAAAUGCAGCAACCGCAUAGUCACGGCCCCUUCCAUUGCGGACUCGCUUCAUGCUUUUUCUUUGCUGUGCAUCUCCCCCACACGCUGAUGGUCAUUAAUGCGGCGGCAUGGUACAACUAUUCCACCUUUGCAUCUAAUUCUUUUGUACUCUUACCUUUUAGUGUAAGGCCAAGUGGUGAUGAUUGCGAGUCGAAGUGGACCUGACGGAGAUGUGCAUUUGAUCAAGGGGCAAGGUGGUAAUACCCAUGAAUCAUGAUACGUCUUGGAUGUGAACCAAAUGUGAACAGGAAUUGAUAUUGAUGGAACGGGUUUCGGCUUGGGGAAGAUAUUCCUUAAUGGCUUGUCUUAUCUGCUCGUCUAGAUCAGGGAAGCAGAAGGAUCAUUUGGUCGCUGCAUCAUCCCCAUCAUUAUCGACAUCUUCAUCUAACAG